AUGGCCCUCCCACUCGAGAUACCCCCGCGGGCUCGCUCUGCUAUGAGCACCUCCAAAGCUUCGCCAAUGUACAAUCUCCGCUCCUCUAUUGCAUCGACAGGAUCAACGACUUCUCUCACCUCCUUGUUUGCCGGCACGGGCGCCAGCUUACCUCGAGACAUUGUCGACGAUAUAAAAUCCGUCAUUCACCACGCUUUCGUUCCUCAUAUCGCUGUCCAUGUAUCCGAUGACGUUGACGAAGUUGUUCGCGAAAAGGGACUCCCAGAUUUCUACCAAUUGAUCCGACCAUAUGGUGAGAAGGUACAAGGACGAAUCACAGCUCGGGAUUCGCAAGGAAGUAGUGUACCCUUCGAAGACUUUGCUGUCAGGUUCGUCCGGCUAUCAGAUGUUGUCCAGAAAUCGGAACGGAAAGGAAGUGCAAGUGGAAACUCAUUCAGGAAUGGAGAAUAUGGUGGGACCAAUGCUGGAAUACCAGAGGCGAUAAACUCGGAAGAACUGCCGCUAGCCGACGAAUUACUCGAUUUACAUCUAAGCCACGCUGAAGAGCUUAUCGAUACAAAUUUGGCCACAGAAACAGAGAGCCAUACGGGCCAGGCAUUCUAUUUGUUGUAUUUACGGAAGAUAUUAUCUGGGUUUCCGGUUACACCGCAUGAGACUUGGGCCCACCCUGUCGCUUGUUUGAUCGCGAUCUCAUCAAGGAAUACAACACCCAUCGAUACUUUACGGCAAUUGUACAAAUCUGGAUCAGAGGUCAAUGUUCCGGGAUAUGUCAAUAAGGAAUACCUCCGCUACUAUGUACUUGUCCAUGAUGAGGACAAGGAUGAUAUUGUGAAGUCGGCAGCUCUGUUUGAGCAGAUGAAGCGACAUUUCGGAUUACAUUGUCACUUGAUAAGAUUAAGGUCAACGACGUGUAUUGUAUCAGAUGAAGAUUCAGUUCCGGUGGCCAAGAGUCAAUGGUUGCCUGCUUCAGAAGAACUAGCCGAUCUCCACGCUCAUCAAGAAGAGGACAUAGAAAGCGAUGCAUCCAGUCGGUUCAUUCACGGCUCCGAUGAAGCUGCCAUAAAAACGAUGGUUCGAGAAAUGGUCGCCCAAAGCGUAAUACCGUUCAUGGAAAGAAACAUUGCUAGCUGGAACGACCAAAUAUUAUCCCGAAGAAAAGGUAUAGGCGGCCGUGUGCUAUCGUUUUCCCGAAGAUUUCUCGGCUCCACAGGCACUCGAUCCACGUCAAGCUCUGCAACCGCUAGUAACUUUGACUCUGCGACGAACUCGUACGAUCCGAUGACUCCAGAGGCGCAGAUGAGAAAGUUGGCGGAUUGGUCGUUUAUGUUGAGAGAUUGGAAGCUAGCUUAUGAUGUUUAUAAUACGAUACGGACGGAUUUUAAUAACGACAAGGCUUGGUUACAUGUUGCCGGAGCACAGGAAAUGACUAUAAUUUCGCUGCUGCUAACUGGUCAACCAAUUACACCGAAAAUAAGAGCGGAUACGAUAGACGUCUACUUAGACGCUGCUUGUUACUCUUACGUCACUCGGUUUCGCGCUAUUUAUGCUGCGCUUCGCUGUCUUCUUGUUACAGUUGAAUUAUUACGUCUAGCUGGUGGUAGUUCUGCUGAACUCGCUGCCAAAUGGGCAAUAAAGGCACUAGAUCUAAACAUUAGACCAACAGUAGGCCGAGCUCUAAUAUCACAACGGGUCGGUGACUGUUAUGCUGUCAGACAGGGUGCAGGAAGUGGUGGAUGGGGCGGCAGACGGCGGAAAGCUGCCAUGUGGCACGUCCUCGCUGCAGAAACAUGGAUACGGCUUGGUAAAUUCGCACAAGCUAGACAUUGUAUUGAUGUUGCUAUGCCUAAGUACGUCAGUACGGAGUUCGUCCUGAUACGGCGGUUCGUGGAACAGAUGAGGUUAGAUUCAGGAUAUGUGAACUUGUUAGACCUGAAAAUUGAUACAGGGGUUGGUGGGACCGGCGAGGAGGUGGUUGAAGUUGAAAAUGGGGAUGAGGAAGAGGCCUUAGAUGAGGAUGAUGAUGGCGAAGCUGAAAAACCAAGAUUCGAUGGAAAGAGACGAAGCAUUCUAAUUCCCCAGACACCGAAUGGCGACGCUCCCGGGGUCAUGACUAUGGAUGAGAGCCCUGGGGCGGAUGGGCCGCUAUGA